AUGCUGAGGGGUCGGGCAGUUGACUUUGAGGUCUGGCUAGAUGAUCUGCAGCUUUUCCUACAGUGCGAUAGCAAGGACGGUCUCUCACUGUUCGAUCUCACGUCUGGCGCCUCUACUGCCCCUGCUGCUGAUGCUGACAGUACUCUGUCGGUGCUUCUCGCGGCGACCGUCGCACCCCCUUCUUUGAGGGGUGUUCCCCUGUCCCCCUUCUCCCCUCUGUUGCCUCUGCUGCUGCUGUCGACCUCGUUGGCACUGAGGAGGUCGGCGCUGCGUCUGCCUCUAGUGGGCGACGCCGCACCGGCAAGGGCAAGGGAAGCAGGGGUGGUGGAGGGGGCGGUGGGGGGAAGCGGUGGAGGCGGUGGAGGAGGUGGAGGUGGUGGUGGGGGUGGUACAGGGAGUGGGGGAGUCGGUGGCGGCAGUGGAGGCCGUGGCGGCGGUGGCGGAGGGGGUGGAGGCGGCGGCAGCGGUGGUGGAGGUAGCGGAGGAGGUGGUGCUGGUCGCGGUGCAGCCACGCAGCGUGGAGGCCUUGGUGGCAGCCAGCGCCAGCAGCAGCAGCGCACCCGUGAGACCCCGUCGGUUCAGCAGCUUCGUGAGUGGUACGCUGGGCGUGGGAGGUCUGGGGGUGCGGGUCCCUGCUCUUACGUUCUUCGCACCGGCACUCGGAGUGGGGAGGUUAGUGCGGCUGCUGCUCUAGGUGCUAGUGCGUCUGCUGCUCCAGGUGCUGGUACGUCUCCUCUCUCUGGUACUGCACCUACUGAGUCCCUUCACACUUUCACACUUGACUCUGGUGCUUCGCGCUCUUUCUUUAGAGACAGCACCACGCUCACGCCGCUCAGUCGGCCUGUUGCGGUCUCCCUUGCUGACCCCUCCGGGGGCCCGGUCCUUGCACACUCCUCCACGGUUCUACCGUGUCCUGCGGCCCCGUCGGGCUUGCUGUCGGGACUCCACCUCCCCUCGUUCUCUACGAACUUGGUGAGUGGAGCUGACCUCCAGGACGCGUGGGUUGACCAGUUCACCCCUGGAGGUCAGCGUGUGACCCACUGCACUUGCUCUCGGACGGGCCGCCACCUGGCCACGUUCACCCGUCGGCCAGGGUCGAGUCUGUACACACUGACUACUGCGCCUCCUCCGGUCCCUGCGUCUGGUCAGGUAGCUGCGUCCAGUCAGGUGUUUGCUGCCGCGUCCAGGUCUAGUCCUGCGUCUGCCCCCUGCUCGUGUCGUCCUCUGGCGCACGAGACUCUCCUUUGGCACCACCGCCUUGGUCACCCCUCCCUGCCUCGUCUUCGAGGUAUGGCCUCCCGUGCUCUUGUCUCUGGACUCCCCAGGUCCCUCCCUCCCCUUCCUCCGGGGCCUGCCCCCACCUGUGUUCCUUGUGUCGAGGGCCGGCAGCGCGCCGCUCCUCACUCCUCGUUUCCUCCGACUGAGGCCCCUCUGCAGACUCUUCACAUGGACGUGUGGGGCCCAGCCCGUGUCCGUGGACAGGGUCACGAGCGUUACUUCCUACUGGUCGUUGACGACUACUCGCGUUACACCACAGUCUUCCCCUUACGCAGCAAGGGUGAGGUCACUGAGGUGUUGAUCGACUGGAUCCGCGGUGCUCGUCGCCAGCUUAGUGAGAGUUUCGGCUCAGACCUUCCUGUUCUGCGUCUGCACUCAGACAGAGGCGGGGAGUUUUCCUCCGACCUCCUGAGAGCCUUUUGUCGUUUUGAGGGCAUCCGCCAGACGUUCACGCUUCUGGCCUCCCCGCAGCAAAAUGUGAUUGCUGAGCGCCGCAUUGGCAUGGUCAUGGACGUCGCUCGUACGUCCAUGAUCCAUGCGGCUGCUCCCCAUUUUCUGUGGCCGUUCGCGGUUCAGUACGCUGCGCAUCAGAUCAACCUUCAGCCUCGUGUCUCCUUGCCGGAGACCACACCUACACUGAGGUGGACGGGGAAGGUUGGCGAUGCGUCAGCGUUCCGAGUCUGGGGAUCUCGAGCUUUUGUCCGCGAUACUACAGCGGACAAGCUGUCCUCCCGUGCCGUUCCCUGUGUCUUCCUUGGCUUCCCUCCUGACGCACCAGGGUGGCAGUUCUACCACCCCACCUCGCGUCGUGUUCUGUCCUCUCAGGACGUCACGUUCGACGAGUCGGUGUCGUACUACCGUCUCUUUCCCCUACCGCACUGCCUCUCCCCCCCCCCCCGCCACUCUUCCUGGCACCAGGUAGACCCUGCCGAGCCGGUCGAGGUAGCUGUCGACUCAGGUGCUGCUAGGGGUGCUGACCCUGCGGGUGCGGGGACUGGGGGUGCUGAGACUGGGGGUGCUGAGUCUGGGGGUGCUGAGACUGGGGGUGCUGAGUCUGGGGGUGCUGAGACUGGGCGGCUUCGUGAGUGGUACUCUCGGCGCUGUCGAGUUGCUGCUGGUGCUGCUGGAGCUGCUGGAGGUGCUACUGGUGCUGGCGCUGCUGGAGGUGGUGCUGGUGCUGGAGCUGCUGGAGGUGCUGGAGGUGCUACUGGAGCUACUGGAGGUGCUGGCGCUGCUGGAGGUGGUGCUGGUGCUGGAGCUGCUGGAGGUGCUGCUGGUGCUGGUGCUGCUGGUGCUGGAGCUGCUGGAGGUGCUGGAGGUGCUACUGGGGCUACUGGAGGUACUGGCGCUGCUGGAGGUGGUGCUGGUGCUGGAGCUGCUGGAGGCGCUGCGCGGCCGCGGCCGUACUACGUUCCGCUCCUUCAGCAGGUUCUUGGCUCUCCGCCUUCUCCUGUUCCUCCUCCUCCUUUCCUGAGUCCACCGCUUGUCCAGUCCCAGUCGCAGUUUCAGCCGGCCUCUCCGCUGCCUGGUCCUUCUCCUUACUAUGGACCGACUAGAGGUCUUACGGAGCGUCGUGAGCCUGACUCGCGUCCUGUGUCACCUGUGCCUCGCUCUGCGUCGCCUGUCCGACCUGUUCGCACUAGUCGUGUUUCGCGUCCGCGUCCUCCUCCUGUCCCUGGCACUCACUCUAUGACUCUGCGUCCUUCUACUGCUCCACAGCGUGUCCCUCUGCCGUCUCCUCCUGCGUCCUCUCUUCCUGACGGUCCGGACCCGGAGUCUGACUCCCUUCGUGCUGCUAGUCCUACUGUCACGCGCUUUCUGGCCACUGCUGUCACUGACCCUCUGUUUGAGUCCACUGCUGCGUCUGCUCUUGUUACUGAGCUCGUUGACUUUGCUGCUGCCUGUCGCCUAGACUACGCCGCUAGUCUUGUUGCUGAGUCUGCGUCUGUCUGUCCUCCGUCCGUCGGGGGUGAGUGUGCUCUUGGCACGGACGUCCUUGAGGACAGACACGAGGACCUUGAGUGCUUUGCAGCUGCUUCACCUCAUCUCGUGUCCAUGCUGCUUGCCCCUGAGGGAGACCCAGAUCCACUAGACAUCCCGACCCCGCGCUCUUACGCAGAGGCGAUAGAGGGUCCCUACUCCUCUCAGUGGCAGGCAGCCAUGGACGCAGAGAUGGCUUCCUGGAAGUCCACAGGCACCUACGUAGACGAGGUUCCCCCACCUGGGGCGAACAUCGUCAGUGGCAUGUGGAUCUUCAGGGUGAAGCGGCCGCCGGGUUCUCCGCCUGCCUUCAAGGCGCGUUACGUUGCACGUGGCUUCAGUCAGCGUCAGGGAGUUGACUUCUUUCAGACCUUCUCCCCUACCCCGAAGAUGACCACUCUUCGGGUACUGCUGCACGUUGCUGCUCAGCGUGACUACGAGCUCCACUCGCUUGACUUCAGCACAGCCUUCCUACAGGGCAGCCUCCACGAGGAGAUCUGGCUGCGCCGCCCACCUGGCUUCACUGGGUCGUUUCCUGCUGGUACCCAGUGGAGCCUCCGGCGGCCAGUCUACUGGUCUCCGCCAGGCACCCCGUGA